AUGUUCAUGGGCGUCCGAGCCAUUCAGGGACUGUUCCUUACAUCUGGUCAGACGAUCGCGAUCGCCUUUAUUAAAGAUAUCUUCUUCUUCCACGAGCGAGCGCGAAAGAUUGGCCUCUGGGUUCUUAUGUAUAUCACAUCCCUGUACUGGGGCCCAUUGCUUGCCAAUUUUGUUAUUGGAGAGACCCAUCAAUGGCAGGAUGCCUUUUGGCUUGGAGUUGGGAUGAAGCAUCAUUCUGGAUACUUUGAGUCCGUUUUUGAUGCCUACAAGAGAAUCCUCCUCAUCUUGUCCAAGCCAGUUAUUCUCCUGGUUCUCCUUGCUUACUUCAUGUGUUUUGCAUGGGCAAUUGGUGUCAAUAUUUCGACCGCCAUUCUUUUCGGUCUUCCACAAGCGAUGGGAGGCUAUGGUUACAGCUUCACUCAGCUGGGAUACCUUCACUUUGCGCCAAUCGUUGGCGUUUUUCUAGGGGAAAUCUUCGGUCAUUUCUUCAACGAUCACCUCACUCGAAGCUACGUCCAAAAGCAUAACGGUGUUUUUGAACCCGAGGCUCGUCUUACGACCAUCUACAUCUCAGCUAUCCCAAUGAUUGCCGGCCUCGUCUUGAUGGGACAAACUUUGCAUAAGCAUCUUUCAGUUGCGGCAAUCGUCGUAGGAUGGGGCAUGCAUGCUUUUGGAAUUAUGCUCGCGUCUGUAGCCGUGGCUUCAUACCUCUUGGAUGCGUACCCUUCUGCCCCUGCAGAAGUCUGUGGUCUGACCAACGUGUUCCGAGCUUUGAGUGGUUUUAGUGUCGGGUACUACCAGCAGCCGUGGGGGGCCAAGGUUGGUUACGAUGGAAGCUUUGGAACUCAAGCUUGUAUUGUAGCGGCAAGUAUGAUUCUCAUCGCGAUUGUCCACCGCUUUGGCCACCAACUUCGUUUGAAGUUUGGCCAGGUUAGGUGA